AUGUCUCGUGCUUUGGCUUCCACAAACGUUCUUAUCAACGAGGAGGUAGCUCCGGCCACGGUAAUAUUCUCCAUUGAAUCGGGAAAGAUCCUCCACAUUUCUCCAAGAAUCCUAAAGGUAAACGACCCAAUUUUGGUGGAGUAUAAUGUGGAUCCCCACGAUUUCCGCGUGGUCAGCCCGUUGGUCAUCAUGCCAGGACUCGUUGAUGCACAUGUCCAUUUGAAUGAGCCAGGCCGUACCGAAUGGGAAGGUUUUGCAACUGGAACUCAGGCUGCAGCUGCUGGUGGUGUCACAACCGUUAUUGACAUGCCACUAAACGCCAUUCCACCAACGACAACCGUUGGAAACUUCAACUUGAAGAUUAACGCUGCCAAAGGAAAGACUUGGGUUGACGUAGGUUUCUGGGGAGGCAUGGUCCCCGACAAUUUGGACUCGUUGAUUCCGUUGAUCCGUAUGGGAGUCAGAGGAUUCAAAGGAUUCAUGAUCGACUCCGGUGUGGACGAAUUCCCCGCAAUCUCUCCAAAGUACAUUCACCGGGCCAUGAAGAAGGUCACAGGAGAACAGACGGUGUUAAUGUUCCAUGCUGAGAUGCAACCUCACCAUCUGCACCAACCUCCUAACUUGAACGACCCAUUGAAAAUGGCUCAGGCAGAGGAUCUGGCUUUGGCAGACGUGGAUCCAACCUUGUAUGCUUCGUUUCUAGCUUCUAGACCCGACAAUUUUGAGACCACGGCCAUUGCAGAGAUUAUCAACUGUCUGAUGCUCAACCCUAAGGUCCCAUUGCACAUUGUCCAUUUGGCUACUCACGAGGCAAUUCCUUUGAUUCGUGCUGCUAAAGCCAAAGGCUUGCCUGUGACAGCUGAGACUUGUUUCCAUUACCUAUCGCUCACAGCAGAGAAAAUCUCUAACUGUAGCACUCACUUCAAAUGCUGUCCACCUAUCCGGACAGAUGCCAAUAGAAAGCUUUUGUGGAGAGCGUUAAGAAACGGCAUUAUCACUACGGUCGUGUCAGACCACUCACCAUGUACACCUGAUUUGAAAGGUUUGGAGAAAGGAGAUUUCUUUUCUGCCUGGGGAGGUAUCUCGUCUGUUGGUUUUGGCUUGCCUAUCUUGUUUACUGAGGGCCAGAAGUUAUAUCCACCAGUGAGAAUCCAGGAGAUCAGCAGAUGGUGUUCUUGGAACACCGCUAAACAGGUAGGAUUAUCUCAUAAGAAGGGAAAAAUAGCAGUAGGAUACGACGCAGAUUUGUUGGUGUUUGAUCCAAACUGCUCAUAUGUGGUGCAGAAUGACCAGGUUUUCUUCAAGAACAAGUUGACAGCUUACGAUGGAAUGACGUUUCAGGGCCGCGUAGUUGAGACGUUUGUUAGAGGCAACAGUGUCUUUACUUUUAAGAAGGGACAUUCUGAAGUAGCUAAGGGCCAGUUGAUUUUGGAGCCACGGUAUUAG